GUGGUGACACAGGUCUUUGCCUCUUGUGGUGGGACAGCAUCUCUCUCCUGUAUGCGGUUACUGUUUACCUGCAGCCUUUCCGUCUUUCUCCUCUUCUAAAGUGUAUUUGGUCCCAAAUUAUUUGAACUACGCCAGAGCCAGGGGAGGGUUGGGGAUGUGCCGGAAUAUUUAUGCAAAAAAUAAUUAUAUCUUGCUUCCGCCCGCCCACCCCCGCUUUGGCUUUGCACCUCUUUCUGCAAACACAACUGCCUAACUCAGCCCAGUACCUGAGAGAGCAGGCUGCAGUCGGGUGAAGCUGGGCAGCAACAAGCUCACCCAAGGCGUUUCCCUCUUGUUCUUCUUCCGGAGCGUAAAUCGUGACUCGGAAGCAGAAGCGCUAGAGGCUCAAAGAGGCCUUUCCCAUCUUAUAUCUAUCGAAGGAAGGGGCGGGAGGACGCCGUCCGUCCCGCCAAUCAUGCACUCCUGCGUGAAAAGUGAAAAGGCGCGCCCAACCUAUCCCCUUUCGAGGAGGCAGGGCGCUGGGCGCAUGGCUCACCGGCGGCUGGCAGAAGCCCUCCAGCUCUCUCGCGACAGAGUGCCUGUGGGGUGCCACAGUAAGAAGGCCGAGGGCGAGUCUUGCUGGCCCAGCAGCCUGACUGGCCCACACCGAGUCCCCCUCAGCAAGGAUGCUCACGGCAUUUUCAGCCUCUGCUUUGCCCCCGGCGGUGGGCAGCUUGCAGCCGGCUUUGGCAACGGGGCUGUGCAGCUGGUGGACGCAGUGACAGGCUUGCCAGGCUCCUCUUUGUUCCCGGGUCACCGCGUGCGGCAUGCAGUCACUGCUGUGAAGUUCCACCGGGUGAAGCCUGGCCUGUUGCUAGCCACAGGAGCGGAUGGCACCAUCUGCAUCUACGACCUGCUUUCCCAUUAUCCUCUGGCUUUGUUGUCAGAGAAGGAGAAUGAGAUCAAUGCCAUGGACUUCUGCCGGGACGGGAGCACCUUUGCCACAGCUGGCAAAGACCGGCAUAUCCGACUCUAUGAUAGCCACACCAACCAGCUCUUCCACGUCAUGCAGGCCCCAGAUUUCAUGGCUGGGGAUGAGUUCACACCCCACAGCGGGCACUCCCGGCGGAUCUUUGCCUUGUGCUUCCACCCCACUGAGUUGCAUCUCUUUCUGACUGGCGGCUGGGACAACUCUGUCAAGGUGUGGGACAAACGUGUGCCCAAGGGUGCCCAGAGCGUGAUCAAUGGGCCUCACAUCUGUGGUCCUGGUAUUGAUGUGAAGGGAGACCAGGUCCUGACUGGUUCGUGGGUGCCCCGCAAUGCCCUCCAGCUUUGGGACUUGCGCAUGUCUCGUCUGUGGCAAAACCUGCCCUUCCCCGGGAGCCCCACCCAAGGAGAAUUCCUCUAUUCAGCCCAGUUCUGCACAGGGGAUGUGGUGUUGGCUGGGGGCAGUGGGAGCAGUGGAGCAAGUGCUAUCCACAUUGGCACAGGUCAGGUGAUCGGGGAGAUACUGCUGCCAAACAAGCCGGUUCAUGUGGUGGCCUCGGCACCUGGAGGACAGUCGGUGGCUGUGGCUGGGGCCGGAGGAAACCUUCACCUGGCAGAGCUGCACUGAGUCCCGGAGGCAGAGAGUCCUGCCGUCGCCCAGCUUUGGAGCUGAGAGGCAGGGAAGGCUGCAGCCCCACGAGUCUCACAGCAAGGGCUCCAGCCCUGUAGCACCAACAGUGGCUUCUUGCCAUGGGAGGGGUGAGGUGCUUCACCCCUUAAUGGUGUAACCGGUCUGGGAUUUUCAUUUCCCUUAAUGUCCUUCACUUGCGCUGGCCCCUCAGCAUAACAGGCCCCGCUGCCAUCACUCCCCAAUUUGUACUGAUGGUUCUGCCCCACACACUGUCUUGGACUCUCCUCGGCCCCUCCAGUUCCUGAGGGAGAGGCCCAGCGUAGGCCAUGGGUGUGUGGGGAGCACAGGCUUCUGCCCAGGAUUUUGCAAUAAAGCUGCUUGCAUGUGCAGAA